AACAUUUUGCUGCACCCCCGUUCCUGGUGUUUCAAUUGACCGCGAGACGACUUCCAGCCCCGUCCGCGCUAGGAUUGAGAAGGCGGGCCAUUACAGAUUUGCUCCUCGCAGCAUCGUCGAAGAGCUUCGCAAUAGAUCUUUUGACGGCGUCGGACAAUAUCCCCAGCCUCACUCAUAAUUGGCAUCUCGAUCGCAUCUGGCAUGUCGGUCUUUGCUGCCUCAACUACUUUUCGUCGAGCUUUCACUUCGAGCACGAUUCCAGGCUCCUGGCCAAUGAGAUGGUUCCGUCGACAGCUCUUCAAGUCUGCUGGGUUCGCGACGUCGACUUCACCAAGCUCGCCCUCAUCGCCGCAUUCCCGGCAGUCCACUACAACUUCGCCCAACGCCGACAUCCUUCAAAACUGCCAUGUAGAGCAAUUCUACGAACACACCUCGGGCCGAUGGCUCUGGGAUGAGAAGUAUCAGUUUGCUCGCCGUCGCGUUAAGUUCAACCUGCCCGGACUUCUUGGAGUCUCCGCAAGCAAUCGGAGCUCGCUCGUGCGUUAAGAUUGAGAAACUACCCGAAGGAAACUUCAACAAAGUCUUCUUACUUUCCAUGGAUGACGGCCAGGAAUUAAUCGCUAAACUCCCGAACCCGAAUGCUGGACUGGCGCACUUUACAACGGCCAGCGAAGCCGCCACUAUGGAUUAUGUUCGAAACGUUCUUGGUAUCCCGGCGCCGCGGGUAUAUGACUGGAGCUGCUCGAAAGACAACCCAGUUGGGUCAGAGUACAUUCUUAUGGAACGCAGCGGAGGGGUGGAAUUGAGCAAAAUCUGGGAUAAUAUGCCGUGGGGGCAAAGGCUGGAGAUUGUUAGAACCUUGGUUGGGUACGAGAAGGCCUUUGUGUCUGCUAGUUUUCCCAUGUACGGCAGCUUGUACUAUGCGAAGGACCUGCUUAGCCCGAGCCUGGGUCAAUUUCUUGAUCCCGCCGACUCGAGGGAUAAGCGCGAGGCUUUCGUGGUUGGUCCGACAACUAAUAGGGCUUUCUUCGACCAGGGAAGAGAUUCUUCGGAGAUAGAUCGAGGGCCCUGGCUUUCAAUCAACGAACUUGUCCAUUCCCGCGCCGAGCGAGAGCUAGCCUGCAUCGAAAAGUUCUCGUCGUACCCCAGUCAACAAGGGCUCUUUGGCGGUCCCGACCAAUACCGUCCCACCAAAGCAUUGAAGGUAGAAGUCCUGCAGAAUUAUCUGAAGGUAGCAACCCAGAUUCUGCCUAAAGAUGUCAGUCUCUCAAAGCCUACUUUGUGGCACUCCGAUCUGCACACCAACAACAUCUUCGUCGACCCCUCCCAGCCUACGAAAAUUCUCAACAUCAUUGACUGGCAAGCGGUCAAUGUUUCCCCGCUCUUCCUCCAAGCACGCAUCCUUCACUCAUCGAUACCCGACAAUUUCGCCGACAUGAACGAGGAGGACCAACACCAAGCAAAGAGUCUGCGAGCAGCUCAGUCUCUCUACAAACUCUACGAAAUCCUCAUGCUCCGUCAGUGCCCGGAGAUCGCGCGUGCGCUGCGCUUUCGAGACACUCUACCCGGCCAAAUCACCGGACUGGCAAGCUCAAUCUCCAGCGAUAGCGAGCCUAUCCUCCAGGGAAUGCUCAUCCAACUCCAGGAUAAGUGGGCCACAUAUACCGGAUCCUCUACACCAUGCCCUCUCUCCUUCACUGCCGAGGACAGGACGCAGCAGCGCCGUCUCGAGGCAAGUUGGGGCGAAGGCGUUGAACUGAUGCAUGAGCUAUUGACUGAGAUGGGCGCAUACCAGGGAUGGGAUGGCUGGGUCAAUCAUAACAACUACCCCAUGUACAAGGAGCGGUUGUCUUCAUGUCGCGAGAAGUUUCUUAAUCGCCACGCGAAAAGCUGA